GGUUGACAAACCAAGAACUGGACAAAGACAGGAGAAAAUGUUUCCAUUUGGAAAACAUCUGAAAAUGAAUUCUAAUCUUUCUUUGCAUAAGAGAAUUCAUGGAGAUGAAAAGUCAUUUUCAUGUCUGCAAUGUGGAAAAUGCUUUCAGUAUAAAGCUUCUCUUGAGAGACAUCAAAGAACUCACUCGGCAGAGAAGCCAUUUUCAUGUGAUCAAUGUGGGAAGUAUUUUGGUCAGAAAUCAAAUCUUAUUGAACAUCUAAGAAUUCACACAGGAGAGAAGCCAUAUUCAUGUCUUGAAUGUGGGAAAUGUUUUAGCAAGAAAUCAGUUCUUGUAAAACAUCAGAAAACUCACAGCGGGGUGAAGCCAUUUUCAUGUCCUGAAUGUGGGACAUGUUUUAGUCAAAGAUCAAAUCUUGUGGAACAUAUAAGACUUCACACAGGAGCUAAGCCGUUUUCAUGUUCAGAUUGUGGGAAAUGCUUUAGUAAGAAAUCAAGCCUUACAGAACAUUUAAGAAGCCACACAGGGGAGAAGCCAUUUUCAUGUUCAGAAUGUGAAAAGUGUUUUAGCCAGAAAUCAAAUCUUAUAAAGCAUCUAAGGGUUCACACAGGAGAGAAGCCAUUUUCGUGCUCAGAAUGUGGGAGAUGUUUUAGACAAAAAUCGGCUCUUGAUAAACAUCAGGAAACUCACUCAGGGGCAGAACCGUUUCUAUGUCCUCAAUGUGGGGAGGAAUUUAGUCAGAAAUCAAGUCUUGUAGAACAUCUAAGAAGUCACAGAGAGGAGUUGCCGUUAUCAUGUUCAGAAUGUGGCAAACAUUUUAGCAGGUAUUCAAAUCUUAUGGUGCAUCUAAGAACUCACACAGGAGAGAAGCCAUUUUCAUGUUCAGAAUGUGAAAAAUGUUUCAGCCACAAAUCAAGUCUUAUAAAGCAUCUAAGAACACACACACAGACAGAAAGCCAAGUACAUGUACAGAAUGUGGGAAAUGUUUUACCUGCGAGUCAAGUUUUAUUUGAAAGCACAAGCUGAGAAGAAGCCAUUUUUAUGUUCAUUCUGUGGGAAAUGUUGUA